AUGGCCGCGCCCGCGCAAAACUUCACGGCCUCCCUCGAGCGCCUACCGAACGAACUGCUACAGCCCAUAGCCGAAGCGCUCGUCCCGCAACCUCCAUUGACCACCCGCUUCGCCCUUCGUCCCGUCGGAACAUGGGCCAGUCAAGAAGCAGAGGACCAGCGUGCGGCAUGGCAUCUCGCCCACCGUGAGCUGCUUACCUUCGCCCAGACCUCCCAUCGCAUGCUCGCCGUCGCCAGACCGCUUCUCUGGCGGAAUAUCCUCAUUUACAACGAAAGGGCACUCGUCUCACUGUAUCUGCGUAUGAUCAAGCAUCCGGAGAUCAAGCCUUGGAUUCGCCAUAUCACAUGCAUGGCCAAUAUCACUGGCACUAGCAUGAUCAUGGGGAUACAUCGAGAAUGGUCAAGACAAACUGGAGUGAGAUGGCAGGGCCAACCCGGCGCCAGUCCCGCUUCCAUCGGCUUGGAGCUCCUCAUGAUCAUCACUUGGCACGCCCCCAACCUAAGAGACCUUCUCUUUGCUUUUCCCGACCACCCCUUACCCAACCAGGAACUCCAAGACCCCACCGCCAACGACGUAUUACUCCCAGCCUUCCGCGCCACUAUAUUGAGCUAUAUGAACUCCCCCGAACCCGUCAACCAUCGACAGACCUUCGUCGCGCGGUACUUUCCCUUUCACCAGAUGCGCAACCUAUCUUCUCUGCGCAUCUACUGCCAUAGAGACGAACAGCCGAGUCGAGACGCAAGUUUCCCUCAGCUGCUCUCGCACUAUACCAUUGCUUGCUUACCUGAUCUCAAGAAUCUCAAAACCCUCGAGCUUUGUUGUUCCUCGGCGUCGAACCUCUUCUACGAAGACAUAACGAUACCUCCACUUCCCCAGAUCCAACAGCUUCGUCUAUACGGCAGCCGCAUCCAUGAGCCGAGGCUGGUUGCGCUAUGUCUGGCAUGUACCAACCUACAGGAUCUACUUGUCCAUUUCGAAGAGAGCACCACGGACGAUGACAGGGACUUGUUGCCCGAGGGGAAAACCCUUGAUGUUGCCCUGACCGGUCUAUCGGAUUCGCUGCGCAGCCUCGAGUUGGUUGCUUUAUCGGAGGGCCAUUAUCUUACGCGCGGGAGAGAGCGUCCGAGGAAACCAGAGAAUCACCGACUCAAGUGUAUCCCACAUCUUGGACGGCUUGAGAGCCUUACCCUCGACUACCGAGGCGUUUUCGGCACCCUGGGGAUUCUCGAGGAAGAUGACGGUGAGAGGCUAUGUCAGCUGCUUCCGCCAUCACUGCGUGACUUCACCUUGGUGUGCGAGUGGGGAACUGCUAAAGACUGGAAGCAAAGCUAUCUCGCCAACCUCGACAUGAUACUGCACGGCGUAGCCUGCCUCUGCGCUACCCAGUCACCGAAGCUAUCGAGCAUAUCGUUGGCCAUUCACUCGUGGCCUGCAAAAAGCAGGUUCCACAGACGUUUCAACAGAGAAGUCGAGGAAACAAGGCUGCGCUGUUUGAGAGCAGGCAUCACCUUUCGGACGUUCGACUUGUUCCCUUCCUAUCAGGAUGAGGAUGAUGUUGAACCCCUGGACGAGGGUGACUUUGAAGACGAGGACGGAGGGGACAUGAUACCCGAAGUGGGCGAUGGAGGCUUUGAAGAAGAGACCGAACUUGAGCUUGAAGAAGAGGAUGAAGCGUCCGAAUACUACUUUUCCGGCGACGAGGAAGAAGAUCCGGAACGCGAAGCACGGAGGCCUCCUACAUUUGCGGCAUUCAUGCAACGGUUGGGAGAGGACCAUGGGCAUAGCUUCGAUGAGCUUUUCUAUGCGUACCAUGAAGAUCGAUGGGAUGAGUAUCUGUUUUGA